AUGGCUGAAUCUCCUGCACAGACGGGUGAGAAAACCGGAGUCGGUAACGAUGUGGCAGACGAUACAGCUUCAGAUCAAAUGACCGCGCAGCGAGAUGGCUCUAAUGGCGAUCGGACCGAGAGCCAGCCAGACAUGAACAAGUCUUCCGACGCGGUCGAAAUUGGAGAGGAAUCCCCUACGGUCUUAACUGAAGGCACAAGACCAGUUUCUCGAGAAAUGCGUGCCCCAUUCCCGCAUGGCUACGUGUUCGGCCCUGUGGAAGGGGGACAGUGGUUCACUUUUGAACAAAUAUGUGAAGCGGUGGAUGGCUGGGACAUGAACAUGCGGGAUACCAAGAUUGAAGAAAACCUGGCCAGAAUGAACUGGAAAAGUAUCCGGGAAGUGCAAAUGCCACGGGGCGAGACGAGGGCUGACACUCCCGAGUUGCUCAGGCUAAAAGGUGCUCAGUUACAGAUCAAAGGAGACACUCAUCAGGCCACAAAGGAUGAAGAACCGAAAUCGAGCAAGCGCCCGAGGAAGGAGGCGAAAGAUUCAACACCAACGGCCGAGAACGUGUCGAAGAAACCCAAAACUAACAGAUCGCAGAAAGUCACUACUGAUUCUACGGCAUUGGAGAUUACGAUGAUUGAUCCAUCAAAGAGAUUGGGUAUCUUUCGCGACGGCGAGAUGGCCAAGCUGGAGUUGGCAGGGCUCGAGAUGCCAGUUGACAACGCCCCAGCUAAGGAGAAGCGGAAAUUCAAAGCAGCAAUUGUGUCAGCAGUUGGGGCAACGGAGAAAAUGUACCCAGAAGAGACUUGGUACAAGCCCUGGACGUGGGCACUUGAAGUGUACGCGGGUGUGAGACAAAGUAAAGACGUUGGGGAUAUUAGCGUUCGCGAGAUGAUGGAGGGGGCGAGACUGACACUUCCGCAAAUCGAUGAGGAACGGGGCAGAGAAGAUGAAGUAGCGGGAGAUUCGACAGCCUCAAUUCAGGGCCUUGGGGGGAGCGAGACCAACAAGAUGAGUACAGCCAGCAAAUACCUUCUUCGGAAUAUCGGCUACGCAGUCACACAGAGGAAGUUGAAGACGUUUAAUCCAGACGGUACCUCAAAGACGAAGAAGAAGAUAUCUGAUGCGGAAAGAUACCCCAAAUUAAGCAGAGACCACCCAAACUGGAAAAAGGCGUUCACAAAGGAACAGAUCGAGGAGAUCAUCAACACAUACAGAUCCGAUAAGCAAGAGAGACACAAAAAUGCUCCCGCCUACUUUGACAAUCGAGGAUUCUUAAGACUAUCGAAGGAGUUGAACAACACGAUCAUUGAGGAAUGGGUCGAAAAAGCGCAGCCGCUUUUGAGGGUACGUCAGGAAUGGCUACAAACAUGUGAUGAGAACUCGUCAGAAGAUCGCGGAGAGCCCCAAUGGCCAGACGAUCUGUGGCCUGAGAAGGUGGUCCGGGGACUGCUUGCGAAUGCCACAAACACUCUAGGGAGGUUACAUUCCCAAGGCUUGUUGAAUGCAAAGGGCAAUUAUCGGGAAGCGCCUCUGAAGAAGGUCGGAAAUCUCCACGAUGCAUCCGGGAGAUUUGUGCGCACCUCGGAUCUACCCGGUGGUCUGAGGCCAGUGAAUAAGUUGGGGACGAACGAAUGUAUAGCGAUGGUACUUGGACAGCAUAUCGACGAGAACGCCAAAGGAGAUCCAAAGCAAAGACUGGACAUCGCGAGAAGCACUUUCAACAAAGCAGUAUUAUCCUUCGCGGAAGACAAGGUGAGGAUCGACGAAUCAAUCCAGGCAGUGUUGAAAUCGAUCAAAGAAAAGGCCCGGGAUGAUGCGGAAGAACUCAGGGAAUCGACCCCGUCGGAUGAUAGUGGUCAAGAUUCAACCCACUUGUGGUUCAACCGACUGGCCAGUAUGGAAAUGCUUGACAACGAAGUUGAUCGAUACGUGAGACAGCUAGAGGUCGCGAAUAAGGGCUAUCACAAUUUGUAUAUCCAGGUCCUGGCAUCGGCACGGAGUCUAUGGAGAGAGACCCACCCAAUGGAGGAUUUCAUGGAAAGCGCUCGAGAAUUAGAGAAUGAGGACCCGCGGGAAGCUAAGGGACGAGAACCUGAAGAGAUGAUACGGCUGCGGGCUAAAGAGCUCCAAGAUAUUGAAUUCGUGACGGGGCUCGAAAGACACGAUUGUGGCGCCAUUGGCGAGCGGGCAUAUUGUCAACCAUGUUUGAGCUUUAGGGGAAGCGAUCAUCUACUGGCAAAAGACUUCGACACCAAAGUCCAGAUGAACUCACACGACUAUAUGCUCGAUGACCCAGAAAAUUGGGAAGAAUCGUCCGGGUGGGAUUCCUCGGAGUCGGAGGCUGAUGCAAAUAAUGUGUUCGUGGACAAGAAAGAAGCAGAUGACCUGUUACGAGACAUGGCAACAGAAGAGGAGACGACGAUGACGACCAGACUGCGCCCUCGAAAGUCAAGCAUGCUCAAGAAUGUGAUACAGUGUGCAUUGGGUGUGGUUGAGAGAGCUUCAGUACCUGAGGAACUUAUCAACAUGCAACUGGACGUGGCGCGAGACAUUCAUGACCGUGAGGACUCAUGA